AUGUUAAUCAGGAAGAGUAGUGAAAGCCAACUUGCCACUCUGAUACUUGGCUCCCAUCAAACUUCCGUUCUCUGUCACAUGGGAGAUUUUGGAUGCGGAGAUGGAGGAUGGACACCAGUCAUGAAGAUGAACGGUAACGAGGUACUAUUUCAUCCUUUUUACUCUCAGAGUGCAUAUGUUGGGAUCUUACCUGGCGGUCCUAACAAUUUUUGUAAGAAAGUACUACCAAUGAAAGAGUGUAUUUACAAUUUUUUUGGAUAGUUCUAUUUUGUUUCCCAGCAUUUUGCGAAAUAAAAUUGUUAGUUUUUUUUUUCAACUUUGACUUGUUAUAUUUAUUUAGUUAAGCUUAUUUUAUUUAUUUUGUGUAAGUUAUUGGAUCGUUCGGAUCACUGUGCUGGUAAAUAAUGCACUCGGUCAGAAUAAAGCAUAUUAUUAUUCAUUCAAAAAAUUUCCCACAUUCUGAUUGGCUAAAAGCACACCCAUAAUUCACCAUAACCAGUUACGGAUGACCAAAUUUGGAAGAAUUUUGUGUUUAACGAGGAAAUGACGACAAAAAUGCAGCGUUUUGGCAGGUUAAAGGAACCGUUAACCGAGAAGACCUGGGGAGGAGGUUGAGUUGUUUUGGUCGUGACAAGAAAAAAAUGGUGGACAUUUCACUCGUUUCAAGAGUAAGAACUAGGCGAAAUUAUAGCUAAAAACAUGGCAAGAACAGCAAGAACACAACUCGAAGGGCGACAGCUGCUAUUUGAAGAAUAUUUGCAGAGCUGAAAAACCCUAAGCGUGCACUAUCGAAGGUGAACUUAACAUUGAUGGAGGUAUAAGCAUGUUUUAGCUUUAUUUUUAAACUAGGAAUUAUUUUGAAUUGAAUGAAUAAUAAAACAAUUAUUGAAUUCGGCUUUCGUAUCAUAUGAAGAAUUAUGGAGAUCUUGGAGGGUGUUAUCCGCCUCGGCCUACGGCCUCGACGGAUAACACCUUCCUUGAUCUCCAUAAUUCUUCAUAAGAUACUCAGCCUCAUUCAUUAAUUGUUAAAUAAACUUCGAUGGCAAUGAAAACGUCAAAAAUCAAUUGGUUUAUUCAUAUUACUCAAAACCUAAUACUUCAUGAUGCUGAAACCCAGAUAUGCUUCAAACGCCGUAGUCUCCAUCUCCUUCAUCUUAACCUCGCUGAAUUUCAAUUGCUUUAUAACUACUCCGGAUAACAUUCUUGUUAUAAAUGCUAUGGGGAUUGAACAUUCAAAGUAUAGUAAGUGAAAAAGAUUGCGAGGUAUCGUGAUUGUCGAUGAGAGAACAAUAAUUAUCUACUCAAAGAAAGGUGCAAAUUGAUAUUAGAAAAAAGUAUUGAAGUACAUGAAGCUUUAUUUGCACAAAAACUCAACAUUAUAGUUCCUCUGUUGAUCUCCAUUUUUCUACUUUGAAGCAAACCUUUCACUUCAAUUCUGACCUCUGGAGUAACAAAAAAAACUUUAAUCUCGACGGUGGGAAGACUGGAUUUGACUCACAAGAAACCAAACUUCCCUCCUACUGGAACACAUCCUUCUCCAAGAUCUGCCUUGGUAUGAAGAUCGGCCAGCAUAUCAAGUUUAUUGUCAUCAACCAGCAGGCGAAUUCAUUGCACUCUCUAAUUGCCGACGGAGUAUACCACGCUACCUCACUGGGUCGUGACACGUGGAAGUCACUGAUUGGUUCUCAGGGCUCCUUACAGCGCAAUUGUAACAAGGAGGGUUCAACGUAGAGGGUAAUAUUGACUAUUCCAAAGCGAGAAUUGGUAUCAUCGGUAAUGAACAAGGAAACUGUGAUUCAGCAGACUCUAGAAUCGGGUUCGGUACUGGAGGAUAUCCCGAGACCAGGAACACGUGUGGAAAUGAGGCUAAACAUGAAGGAGACAACGACAACAAACAGAUAAGAGCCAUGGGGUACAUUUUAGUGCAGUGA